CAACUGUUAUAAUACUUCCUCCGUCCCCUACAAAGCCUCUUUUGGUUUUAACGUUGGAAUUAAGAAAGUUGUAAAUUCUUUAAAACUAAUGAUUAAAGGUGAAUAAUUGAAGAAAUAGAGAGAGAAAGUAUUGAAAAUUGAUGUUAAAAGUACAAAAAAAUAAUGGAAAAAAAUAACAACUCAUAAAAAAAAAAAAGGUAAUAAUGUCAAAAAGUACAACUUUUAAAUAGAAAGAGACAUUGUAUUUUGGUUUACCCAAAAAGAAAAUGAGACUUUAUAUUACAGGACGGAGAGAGUAUUAUUAUUAAUUUUUUUUUUGUAUACAUUAUUAAAACAGAGAAAAUAUAUGAAUAUAUAUUAUAUAUAAAAUAAAUACAAUCUAUCUCUGUAUAAUUGAAUUUAAAAACAAAACCCGAAAAAUCAAAAAAGCAUCUACACCGCCUAUUCCCACCAUUUACACCCCAUCCACGCUUCUGAUUUUCACCCUCCUCAGCACCUCCCUUCUUCACCACUUUGCAACCCACCUCUCCCUCUGCACUCCACCCUCCGAGGCACUCUCAAUUACUUUACCAUGCAACAACAUCAGAUGAUCAUCAAACCUCAGCAACAACUCAUUCUUCAACAGCAACCCUCUUCUCUCGACUCUCCUACUAGCAACAACUCCUCUUCCUCCUCCUCCACCACUUGCAACAACAACGUUUCCAUCUCUCCAUCUACUGCUGCCACUACCUCCAACAAGCGGGGCCGCGGCAAGGGCGGCCCCGACAACAACAAGUUCCGCUACCGAGGCGUUAGGCAGCGGAGCUGGGGGAAGUGGGUAGCCGAGAUCCGUGAACCUCGUAAACGUACACGGAAAUGGUUGGGUACUUUCGCUACUGCUGAAGAUGCUGCCCGUGCUUACGACCGCGCUGCUAUUAUUCUCUACGGUUCUAGGGCUCAACUCAAUCUACAACCUUCUCCUCCUCCUCCUCCUCCUCCUAACGGGGGACCCACUACCAAUUCCUCGUCAUCUCGUGGAUCGUCGUCGUCUUCUUCCGGAACCACUCAUACUCUGCGACCCAUCCUCCCUAAGCCUGCUAAUGGGUUCGGGUUUACGUUCUCCACGUUUCCUUAUGCCGGGUUUGGGGCCGGGUCCGGGUUGACCUCUUCGUCCGCUUCAGUUUUGCAGUAUCCGUAUUGUCCGAAUAUUGUUCAUGGGCCGGUCCAGUGGGCCGCUGCUACGUCCACCACCACUACUACCUCAUCACCCUUCUUACAACCCCUUGUCGAAAAUAAUCAUAAUAAUAUCCAAACCAAUAGCAGUAUUACCUUGAUUAAUAAUAAUACUAGUAGUAGUAAAACAACUACUAAUAGUUAUGAGGUGGAUCCUGAUCCGACCCAUCAACAGGUUCGGGUGCAGGAAGAUGAAGUGGAUCGGCAAACACAGGAUCAAAUCCUUCUGCAACAACAGCAAAGUCAUAAUAAUGGGUAUUGUACUCAAGAUUAUCAUCAUAGGAGUUUUUGUGACGAGAUCAGCUCGUUGGUUGGGUCGGUUGAUUCAAGUUUAUCAUUAGGGUCACAAGUAAUAGGGCAUUCGGAUCCGGGUCUGAUUAACUUAUUACCCGGGUCACCGUUAACUUGGCCGACGCCAUUAGCUGGGGAAUUAGAGGAGUAUCAAAUGCAUCAUAGUACAAGCAGUCUUUGGGAUUAUGGUACUGAUCCUUUCUUGUUCUUCUCUGAUAAUGAACAUCAUCAAAUUUAAUUGAUUAAUUAAAUUUGGUGUUUCAUUUUGCAUGCAUCUAAUCUCUCUACAAGGUAAGCAUAAUUAAUUAAGGUCUUCAUUAAUUAAUUAAUUACUUGGGAAUUUGGUGGGAUUUUUUCAAGAAUUAUGGUCAAAAAAAGAAGGGAAAAAAAAAAAUCAACAUGCAAAUUGAAUUGCACCAUGUCCCUAAAACUAAAAUUUUGAAUUCCCAAAGGAAGUUGGUUAAUUAUAUUGAGAAUUGCAAUUAAUGACCAUUUAAUUGCAAUUAUCUCAUUAUAUUUAUUGAUCUUUCAGUUAUAUGGUUUUAUUUUUAAACAAUAUUUUGUAUUUGCCUAAGGUAUAGUAUUAGAUUAGACUAGUACAAUUAGAAGUAAUAUUUUUGUUGGUUUUGUUUAUACAUAUUAUUAUUAUUAUUAUUAUUAUUAGGAGUAUUAUUACUAUUACUCCGUAUUAUUAAUAUAUAUUUUUAUUAUUUUUCUAUUCUAGUUCUUGGUAUUCAUUGCUGAAAUUACCAAGAAAGGGAAAUUAGGGUUAGGGUUUUGAGUUGGGAAUCGUUGGUCUCAAAGAAGGAAGCAGGAUUUUGUUGAAUAAGAUAUUUAAUGAAUAUUUUUUUUGUUUUUUUGGAUUUAUAUUUAUCAAUAUAUUGGUGAAUCAUCCUUUCACUACACCGAAUUUUUGUUUUCUUGCCUUUAUUUUGUAAAUGGGAAAAUUGGGAAUCCAAUAUUAUUCCAUUUAUUUAAUUUUAUUUCUCUGCAUCUACAAUAAUAAUGUUAAUUUGGACUGGUUUUUGUAUAUGAUUGUGGUUGAACUUAGCUAAUGUACAUAAAAUAUUCUGAAUGGAAUCAAAUCGAUGAAUAAAACUUAGUAGACACAUAAAGCUAGUUUUUGAUUGAAUUCUGUAUCAACACUAGAUAUAUACAUUUAAAAUGAGCUUAUCAAAUUGAUGAUAAUUUAAACAUAGACCGACAUCGUUUAUGUAUGUACUCGGUAUAUCCAAGGCAUAGUUAAGUUAUUUAUGCUCAAUUUCGAUCUUUCUUUACAAUUUUCAUUCUACACUCGGGUGUUUCUCCUCAUUAUCCUUCUUACACAACGAGAAGAUCGACAGCGUACUAGGCUGUUGUGUAACUUUACCUUCAUUGUCCUAAACUCCUAAUAAUGUCCUUCAUGCUUCUUACGCGAGGAUAAGAUAGCUUCCUAGGUUGUCAAAUUAUAUACCUGGAUAAGUGGAUAUAAGAUCGACACCGUACCCUAUCUAUUUCUUUUCGUGUAACAAUAAUUAAAUUUUAUUAAUUUUAUAGCUAUUAGAGGUGUUGUUUAA